AUGCACCACAAUCCGAUCGGACACCCUUACACCGCUGCCGGCAAGCUAUACCACCCUCCGAUUCACAAAACCAAAUUCCAGCUCUUAACCUGCCGGAUGGAUUUUCAGUAUGCUUCGGUGAUUAUAGCAAUAGGCAUAGUGUUCAACAUGGUUGCGUAUCUGGUAGUAUUCCCAGGAGGACUUGCAACCAUUGGGAAGAUAGAUGGCGAUUGGGUGUUCAUCUUUGCGGAGUUGAUAGCUAUUUGUAUCUCGAUGGCUAUAUUUGUUGUUGGAAUGAGUGUGGGACCCAUACUCAUAGCCGUUGAAAUUAUAUUAUUAAUCUUCAUUACCAUGUUACAACCCUAUGUGGUAAAGGAUUGUUCCUCAAUGAACUUCAAUUGGGGCCUCUUGGUGGAUCAUUUAGAACUAUAUAUCAUCCUUAAUGGCUUCCACUUCAUCGUAGGCAGAUUCAUUUUUAACAUCUUUUUUCUUGUUGAAAUUUCUCCGAAUGUUGAUGAAAAACCCUUCGGAAUUGACCUUUGGAAAUUGGCUUCUAGGUGUUACCAUUUUCUAGAAAAGAAAUAUCAACCUAAUCUUUGA